GGGGCGGGUACGUCCAAAAUAGACCAAAUCGCAAGGGGGUCUCACAGUCACUCAAAUCACACAACAAUUUAACAAAGGACUGCUCUGGGGUCAUGCUUUCGCUUACAUAAGGGAGAUGGAGGUCACAUGCUUCCUUGAAGGAAUCAUGGCCGACUGGGCUUCAAAUAUUCUUCUAUGGUGUAUCAUCCUUGUAAUCCCGGUUCUAUUCCUCCUACUUUGCAGGAGAAGGUCGGGUUCAGUACGGCUGCCUCCGGGACCGCCGGGAUGGCCGGUUUUCGGGAACAUGUUCGAUCUGGGAGCAAUGCCACACGAAACCCUUGCGGGGCUGAGACACAAGUACGGGGACGUUGUGUGGCUGAAUUUAGGAGCUAUAAAGACGACGGUGGUUCAGUCCUCUAAGGCGGCAGCUGAACUGUUCAAGAACCAGGACCUCUGUUUCUCGGACCGCACCAUCACCGAAACCAUGCGCGCUCAGGGGUACCAUGAAAGCUCCUUGGCCCUGGCUCCAUAUGGCCCACACUGGCGCUCCUUGAGGCGUUUGAUGACGAUGGAGAUGCUGGUUACGAAGCGGAUCAACGAGACUGCCGGGGUACGUAGAAAAUGUGUGGAUGACAUGUUGUCAUGGAUAGAAGAGGAGGCGCGUGGGGUGGGAGGAGAGGGGCGUGGAAUUCAGGUGGCUCACUUCGUCUUUCUGGCGUCAUUUAACAUGCUGGGAAACCUGAUGCUGUCAUGUGACCUGCUGCAUCCAGGAUCCAAGGAGGGGUCGGAGUUCUUCGAGGUUAUGGUCAGGGUUAUGGAGUGGCCAGGCCAUCCCAACUCUGCGGACUUUUUUCCAUGGCUGAGAUGGAUGGACCCACAGGGCUUAAGGAAGAAGGCGGAGCGUGACCUUGGAAUAGCCAUGAAAAUCGCUUCUGGAUUUGUUCAAGAGAGGAUAAAACGAGGGCCGGCGGCGGAGGACCAUAAGAAGGACUUCCUGGAUGUGUUGCUUGACUUCCAAGGAAGUGGAAAGAAUGAGCCACCUCAAAUUUCAGAUAAGGACUUGAACAUCAUCAUUCUGGAAAUAUUCAUGGCGGGAUCAGAAACCACUAGCAGCACGGUUGAAUGGGCACUGACGGAGCUCUUACGCCAUCCCGAAUGCAUGGCGAAGGUUAAAGCUGAGCUUGGUCGAGUUGUUGGAGCAAACGGUAAGUUAGAAGAGAGGCACAUCGAUGAUCUCCAAUAUUUACAGGCUGUCGUGAAGGAAACAUUCAGGUUGCACCCUCCAAUCCCAUUUCUGGUUCCUCGGAAGGCAGUUCGAGACACCAAUUUCAUGGGAUACCAUAUUCCAAAAAACACACAGCUUUUUGUGAAUGUUUGGGCCAUCGGAAGGGAAGCGGAGUUGUGGGAGGAGCCUUCGUCCUUCAAGCCUGAGAGGUUUUUAGACUUAAACCAUAUUGAUUAUAAGGGUCAACAUUUCGAGCUGAUCCCCUUUGGAGCCGGUCGAAGGAUGUGUGCAGGAGUUCCAUUAGCUCAUCGGAUGGUGCACCUUGUUCUGGGGUCCUUGGUUUACCAUUUUGACUGGCAACUUGACAGCAGUAUCACUCUUGAGACCAUGGACAUGAGAGAGAAUUUGGCCAUGGUGAUGAGGAAGUUGGAACCACUCAAGGCUCUACCCAAAAAAGUUUCUCUCUGAUGUUUUAAAAAUUGUAAGCCUCAUCACUCAAAAGUACGUAGAAAUAAACUACUUUAUGUUUAUCUGAGGAAUUAAUAUAUUUAUGGAAUAAUUUGAGUUUAUUUUAA